UUCCCUGGAAAUAAUUACAUAUAUUGAUAUUUGAAUUAAAAUAAAAAUCUUCUCUCCUGAUCAGAUCUGCAGCAGCAGUACGCACUGACUGAGCGAAUUCUCCAGACCGCCAGAGCCGUAGACAAGACACCUAAUAGGUAGAAGAUGAGUUUAAUGAGUUUGGAAGACAGCCAUCUAUUGGCUUCGGAUUAUUCUUUUUGUUCAUUGUAAGUAAAUUCUUGUAAUUUCGUUUUUGGGAAGGCGAUGCAUCAACAAAUGUUUUGUAAUUAAACGAGGUUUGUUGAUGAUAUGGAAGGAUUUGAGGAUAAAGUGGCUACAAACGACAUGACUAGGAACAUGGAACUUAUUCAAAAACAAUGUAAUCUUCCUUUGAAAGCCGAAGGCCAUGUCAUGAUGGAAUCUCCGGUAAUGUGUGAAUCCUUGACAAGUCAUUGGCCUCAGAACUCGCCUCACAAGUGUGCAGAUAUUACUGAGGAUUUGGAUUUAAGCAGAUGCGUAACUUCUUUUGGGGGAUCUGAACCACCUCAUACUAGCCCUUAUUCUGUGGAGAACAUUGAAACUGGGACAGCAGUUGCCGAUCUAGGAGUUGAUCAUACCUCCAAUUUGGCUUUACUAAACACCACGAUUGGUCCUAGACACAGCCAGUUGAAACACAUAUAUCAUUUAGCGGGUGCCUCUAGAUGUAAGGUUUAUGAUGGAGAUUCUCUGCCGCAGAAAAUGGAUAAGAUAUUGGUGAGAGUCAGAGAGCAGCUUGCAAGAGUUCCUCUUGAUAAGCAGAGUUUGAAUACUUUCACAAGCAAGCAAAAUGAUCGGAAUCUAGAAGGAAUUUCAGCAUAUCUAAGGGCUACAAGCAAGAAGAAUAUUUCAGGUGAUGGAUUGCCUACUGCGGCUGUCCAUUUGAAAACCUUAUCUGCUUCUAAUUUUUCCAUAUUAUGUGCAAAGAGAACUUCAAAGGGAAAAGGGGUAGUAAGCAUAGACCCUGAAACUCCAUGUGAACUUGAUAAAGGCAUUGUCGGGCAAAAUGAUGAUCGAAUGAAUUGCAUGGCUAAGAUUGUUUCUGAUGGGUUGCUGAACUCAAGUGCCAAAAGUGACAAGAUUUCUUUGCAUAGGAUUAAUGUGUCUGCUGAUAGGUCUUUUCAUGAUGGGAUCAGCUUGAGGGAGUGGCUGAAACCUGGGGCUCAUAGAAAAGAUAAAUCUAAAAGCCUGCUUUUGUUCAGGCAGAUUGUGGAGUUGGUUGAUUCUGCACACUCUCAAGGUCUUGUCUUGCAAGAAUUACGACCAUGCUAUUUCAAUUUGUUGUCAUCUAAUAAGAUUAUUUACACUGGUUCUUCUAUCAAAGACCCAGACUCUUCUGUUGAUCAGGAUUUGAAUAGGAAACGACCACUGGAAAAAGAUACAUGUGCUAAUCUCAGGAGUGCAAAGCAGCAAAAAAUCAGUAAGGAGACAAAAUCUACAAGUUACCAGCCUACAAACUUGAAUUGCAGAUCAAAAAACAGGACAAAUGAUGGGAUUGUUUAUUUUAAUGCUGAUAUGCAAGAUUCUGAUUAUGGUGAGCACCAUGAUCAAGUCAACUACAACUACCCUAGUACAUCUUCUACAACCAGACAACAGUCCAUUUCUGAAACUAGUCAUUUGGAAGAAAAGUGGUAUGCUUGUCCAGAGGAGCUAGCUGAGAGAGGCUGCACCUUUCCAUCAAAUGCCUAUGGACUUGGGGUUCUCCUUUUUGAGUUCCUAUGUUGUUUUGAGCCAAGGGAGACGUAUCCUGCAAUUAUGUCAGAUUUGCGGCAUCGAAUUCUUCCGCCAAGUUUUCUUUCAGAAAAUCCAAGGGAAGCUGGAUUUUGUCUCUGGCUUCUUCAUCCUGAACCUUUCUCUCGUCCAACAACUAGGUAUUGUCUUGCUUGGCAGAUGCAUAUGGCUAUGCUUGCAGGUUAUCUUGGUAGAGAUAUAACCAUCCCGCUGGUCCAGGGAAAUACUUAAGUCUGAGUUGAUGUGUGGAAUCAAAGAAUUAUCUUCUGAAGAUAUUUUAUCUACAUCUGCUGCUCAAAGUGAUGCUGAAUUAGACCUAUUGCUUCAUUUUCUACUUUCAGUAGAGGAACAAAAGCAGAAACAUGCCUCCAAGUUA